AUGACUACUCAAGAGGAACGUAAAGGCUUUAUUGGAUAUCUUAGAGGAACGAAAGGUGGUUUAUUUUAUAGUCCUAAAGAUAAAAAGACCAUUGUUAGCACCAAUGCACAUUAUCUUAAGGAGGACUAUAUUCUAAACCAUAUUCCCAAAAGCCAAUUAGCUUUGCGAGAAUUGAGAGGGGAUACCAUACUUACUGACACAUUUCCAAAAGAACAUGAACCUGAACCAUUCACAGUCGGUGUUGACAUACCAUUACCUCAUCGUAGUGGGAGAAAUUCCAAUACUCAAUCUGAUCAACACACAAUUCUAGAUUUACCACUACAGCCCCAAAGUAGUGAGAGUGAUGUUAAUUUACAUACACAACAGGUGGAACCCAUUGACAUUUCAUUACCUACUGGUAUUGAAGGAAAUGUUGAGGAGGCUCCAAAACCUAACUAG